CGGGACUUAUUGACCGAUGUGUUAUUUGUAUUACAAAUAGUAUUGAACUGAAUUUAUUCCACACCGAAAUUACGCCGAAUCUUCAAUACAUUUUUAACUUGGCGGGCGUCUAAACAGUGUAGAAUGAAUUGAACUACUUAAACUUGGCAUCAUUUUAGCGUAGAGUAAUUUGAUUGGUUUUUCUUGGGUAGUAUGAUUCAUUUGUUGGAGAAAAAAAACGCGGGAAAUAUUUUGAAAAAUUAAUAAUUAAUAAGCAUAGAUUUUUCUAGAGAAAUUGGAUGACAAAAGUAAACAUAUGCACUUUGGUGGAUCGAACUAUUUCUGGGUAAUUUUCCACAAAAAAUCCAAAUCUUCCAUUAUAAGCGCACCGCAAGCGGUUUUUAAAGAACUUUCAUGGUAAAGUGCAGUAAAACUGCCAGAUACAAAUUGACUCACUCUAUUGUGCACUAUUGUAUGUACAACAACAUGCGCAGGCGCAUCUCAUAUAUGUACACACGCAUACUAACACACAAAGAAAAAGUACACAUAUCGAUUCGAUACAAGAUAAAAGAAGAAAAGGACUUUUGUGUAUUAGGAAGUAUUCUUUGUUUGGAUGUGACUUGUAUACAAAAAAACAUCGAAAUUGUUUGUUAAAUCAGGCGAAGCUGCAUCAGCAUCAUUUCAAACUGCAGCUGUAUCUUUCAUCGAUUCUCCAAAAAAAAAAUAUAACAAAAUAACCUAGAAAAUUCUUUUGGAAUUCAGUCAUAAAGCAACAUAAUUAGUCGAAAUGUAUUCCGCACGCAGUUUUGCGUAUAUGCUGCUAUCGAUUUGUUCAAUCGAUUAUGCACUCGGUUGUUAUCUCAUCACACAAAACGGUACAGAACUCCUCGGUUCCGAUGACUCUAAUCGAGUAGCUACGAAUGUCAACGUUACCAGCGGUUCCAACAUAAUCGAUUGUUUUGGAAAGGAGUUCGAUAUCCAGAAAAUACAUAUAUCAUGGACGCCAUCAAAAGUCUUACCUGAACAUUUCAAUGUUACCGUGCAAUCGGAUGAUGAAGACUUUUUCGCCAAGAAAACCAUACCUGGCAAUCGUACUUUAGCUGCAUUUGGAGUGUUGAUUACACCGACAAGAAAGUAUAACGUUACAAUCGAAGCCAAGUAUGGUAAUCUUACAAUGGGCCUCGAAGAUUCUUACUUGCCAGCCUUCACCACAUUUGUAAUUGAAAAAGAGCAGCCAUGCUUCCAAAUCGAUGCGUAUUUGUGGAUUGGAAUAUGCACAUUUAUCAUAGUUGUGUCGUACGCAUUGGCCUACAAAUGCCACGCCGAUUUUGAUGAACUUGAAAAGGAUACUAAAAAAUCUCAAUAUGAGAAGAAUUUAACCGAAGGCAACAAAUUAUUACUCGAUGAUGGAACCAAGAAAAUCGAAACAAAUAAUAAUGCCGACAAAAAAGAGGCAAAAGCCGAUGGUAAGGACCAACAAGAUAAAGAUAAAUCGAUGGUCUAAGCCGUAUGCAUUUGGAGUUUUCUCAACGUGUGCUUCUCUGCCAUAAGAACCAAUGUAUUUGACGUAACAGUGAAUAGUGUUGGCGCCUAAAUAGAAUCUGCGGCAACUUUAGGAACGAUCAAUACUUCUUGUUGUUGCGAAAUUUGUGACAACAACAAAAAGAAUUGUUGGUUCUUAAAAAUGCCGCAAAUUGCUAAUACAUCUUAUUUAGGCGCCACCGCUAUCUUGCGCCGGCCAAAAGCAUAGGUUGAGUAUUCUUCUUCUUGGUGGAUCAUGCUAUUUAUAUAACUCUUAUAUUUCCGAAGGGAAAUAAGUUUUGCCGCUGAAAUUAAUACCAAAUGUUUGAUGAAUAAAUUGAGAAUAAAAACCUACCUCAGGAAUCUUCUGAA